AUGGAUCCCAUAAGCAACCUCACAACCUACUCUUCAGUACACUUGGCACUGUUCAGAAUAUUCUUUCCCAUUACAGUCGUCGUUCCCACUGUAGGAGUCCCCGCCAACAUCUACAUCCUAUGGAUUCUUCUCCGGAAGCAGGGCAUAUGCUCCAAUUCAGACAUCUUCACUGUAAACUUGGCCUUUCUGGAUGCUCUGUGCUGCCUUCUGCAGCCCAUGGAAAUUGCCCAUGCCAUUACCGCGCAGCCAGAGCGUCCAGGGUUCUACUCUGUGCUUUUAAACCUGUUUGCAGGACCCUUGUUCCAGAUGUGCACAUGUGUGGACUGCUACAUCGGAGUCAUCCAUCCCAUCAUGUUCCUCAGAUUCAAGAUGCCCAGAUUUCGCUUGCUUCCAUGUGCAGCUGUCUGGGCUGCAACAGUCUCUCUGUCCGUAUCCAGCCUGUUCACAGACAAUAGUCCCAAAAACCUAGAGUCCAUGGCGGGAUUUCUGAUCGGAGAGCUAGGCAUCAUGGUGUUCUGCAACAUUAAAAUCCUCUGGGCUUUGAAACAACACAGGCCAGGUUGCCAGCAGCUCCAUCCAGCCAAGGUCAGGGCCUUCCGAACUGUGCUGACCUUGCUGAUCAUGGUCUUGGUCCACUACGUCACACCUGUAGCAAACUUCCUGGUGAUCUCCUACAACAACAUGGAUAAAUUGUCCCUUUUCCCCGUCAUAGCGUUCAUGCUAUCAUGCAUUAGCAGCUGUAACCAUCCUUUCUUUUACCUGGUCAGGACCGGGAAUUUACCCCGCUUUUUCUACCGAAAGAUGCAGGCCAAAGUGAGGGAGCCCACAGCAGACAGGUCUCUGGCAACAGUUCAGCCGUGA